ACGUCCUGCCUAGGUUUAUUGAUCCCGAGACGUACAAGUGUGAUAGGAUUAGGUGGGAUGUCGGAAUUUGGAAACAUUAUGACCAUUAAGCACAACUGGCGACGCUGUUUGAAGAUCUUCGUCGGCUGUCUUCUCGCCAUCGUGUGUGUCAAGUUCUCAGUACAACCGCCAUGCAUACUUGGCUUCGUCCCUCUCCGGACAUUUCCGUCAUUUGACGGAGAUGUACGAGUACCACCCGAUAUCACAGUAGUAACCGCCUACCUCAAUCUCGGCCGUUUCAACAAAGGGGACGGGGGGACCGUCUUCGGCCCCACGCUGUAUCUGGAGUGGGCCACGGUGUACAAGCAUCUCAUGAACCCACUGGUUGUAUACACGGACUCGGACCAGUUUGUCAGACUGUUCACCGACAUGCGACAACACCUGAUGAACAUCACAAAAAUCAUCAAGAUUGAAAAGAACCAGUUGUGGGCUUUUGACCAUUUGGACAAAGUCCGUGACAUUUAUUCUAACCCGAACUAUCCGAAAUACCAGCCAAAUACAGUUGUUCCAGAAUACCCCUGUGUUCAGAAUGCAAAGUACGCCUGUGUUGAGAAAGCCAUAGAGAGUGACGUCUUCCAUACCAAAUAUUACAUGUGGGUGGAUGUGGGUUACUUCCGGUUAAUCACAAGCAGGAAGAGGGACUUCCGGUUAACACUUCCACGAGACUUUGACGAGAAAAAAAUAGCGUUCAAUCAAGUUAAUCUAGACUAUUCCAUGGAGGAACUGCCAGAAGACAUUUUUAAAAACAUGUACGUGUGGGUGGGAGGGGGCCUUGUCGUCGCCGAGAGAGGUGUGUUUCGCCAGUUUGUGAAGGAAUACAGAAGGGCAGUGGAGCAUUACUUGGACUUGAAGCUGAGCAACUCGGACCAGCAGGUUCUGUUUGCGAUGUCCACAAAGGCGGAACGUGUUAAACUCAAACUGACGGUAAACAUCCAACCCUACGUCUGGGACGUGUGGGGAAGUUGCUGGUACUAUCUCGGCUACCAGUGCUACAGGGAACUUUGACGAAAUCAUUCUCAAGGGAACUUUGAUACAACACAUAUCUUACAGGCGAAAUCCAUGCAACUAUUACCCGGAAGACUGAUCCUGACAGUCGGUCCUGCCAUAUCAAACACGGAUAUCUCCAUUCAGUGUUUACUUCGAGGUAAUCUUGUCACGAAACGUUUAGCCUGGUGGUUAAGCGGCGAAGACCUGUUUCGAUUUUACUUAUUAAGACGUGAAAACCAUCUUAAAUCGGCGUGAAACUUUACGCAAACUGUGCAAUGUAGUACUCUGGUAUUGAAGCCCACGCGAGUACUUUUGGUCUCUGGUAGAAUGUAAGUGAUCAAGUAACUUUUGAUACCCUUGUUACUUCAUGGUGUAGUACAAAGCCUGGUGGAUGUUUCAUCUGAUGUUCUUAUCUUAACGUGCCUUGCGAUUUACACAGAACAGUUCAAUCGUUCAUUAUGUAAACAUUCCAUUAACUGAUUCAGAACGCCUAUGUCAUAAACAGUGUACCCCCGUUAAUCCAGAAGCCCUUUCUGACCGAUAGCUGGAUACAAUACAUAUAUUGUUCAAUGCUCCAUAAAAUGACUCGUUUAUCCGGAAUUGUCUGCUCCGGAUGAUUUCACUGGAAAAAGUACCGUCCGGAUUAACGGGUUUGGAAGUAUUGCUGGUACUGCUGACAUUCCCAGAGUCAGAAAGUUGGCCAUUAGUUGAGGACAAGAGUAAGACGGUGACGCCAAAACAUUACGUGGAAACGUAUCGGAAGUUGAGAUUAGCAUUUACAAGUCUGUGUGAUAUGUGGAGGGGACUCGGUGACCCGAUGAUGAUGCCUGGUGUAUGUGUGUUCGUAUCAAGUCGGGGGCACGGGUGGCCCAGUCGUCUAAGGCGCCGCGAUUCGCUGUGCAGAUUUGCAUCCCUUGGGUACGCCAGAAACCUAUGUUUGUGGGUUUGAAUCCCGGUUCGCCCCGAUUAUGUUUCUAGGUUUGUCAGCACCAUACCCGUGCUCGUGGGUUUCACCGAAGUGGUAAACGUCUGAGACCUGCAUCACUUCGGGCUUUCCUCCCACAUUAAGCUGACACGCCGCGAUAUAACUGGAAUACUGUUAAAAGCGGCGUUAAACCAAACUCACUCACUCAUUCGUAUCAAGGACAUUUCAUGUCUGAUUGUGUUCAUAUACAUGCGUGCUUACGUGCAUGGUGUUCUCAUUAUCUACGCAAUGGAGGCAACUUGUUGCUCUCAGAAUCCAAUGUAUCAGUGAUAUAUGCAGACAAAUGAGGUUAGAUGUUAUCCUUCCGAUGUAUUUUGCAGAAGAUUACAAGAAGUAUUAACCCCUGCCAAAGUAACUGAACUUAUUAUAUACUUUUCUGAAGUUGAGAAAAGGUAUAUUUUCAUUGCAGUAGACAUGACAUUAGAUAUUUCACUGCAGUGAACAUGACACUUUGACGGAACUCUUGCCAUACAAGAGUUACCUCCAAGCACCAAGAAAAUUGUCUCCCUUUAUCGUAAGUGUCUGGCCUGUACAAACACUAUUGGCGUCCCUUUUACGUUAGUUCCACAUUAACAUGGCAAACUAAUGGCAGAUGGUCAUUUAUUGAGUUAAUAUCGCUUCAUGCCGUUUGUUACUAUCUCGAAAAUAUUUCGUUAUAAACUGUAAAUUUCUCAUUUAACUCGUCAAUCUGUUCGUUUCGCAAAGCGCCUUUUUUGUUACUUAACCAGCUUGUAUUCUUUCGCUUCGAACAGCGGUAUCCUAGUUUUCAAGAAUAUUUUUUGUUAAAGUAGAUUUUGUAUGUAAUCAUAUCUAUAUGUAUGAUCGAGAAUAUUCGUGACCCUAUAUAUCUUUUGUUACUUUUGUUUAUAUUUUUAUGAUUUUGCAAACACUAGACUACUUUUUAGUCGCUAAUACAUAAGGUGGUGAACCGCACCUGUGUGUUAGGUAGGGAGAAUUUACGUUUCAAGGUUUUACAUUUGUAAUGUAAUAAUUUAGUUUUCCGGUAACUACACAAAAAGUAUAUAUAAUAAAUAGGAUAUUCCAUGUGUCUCGUGAAAUAUCAUGUUUCACUCGACACAUGAAAUAUCCUCUAUACAUGAAUUACUGCUAACUAAAUAUUAGCAAUAACUAUGAUGAUAUGGACAAUGUAAAUUUACAGAUUGAUAUAUCUUCUUUCUUAGGGACUGGUCAUUUAUUAUAGGGGAUGGGGAUGGCAUGAAAAAAGACAGUUCUUUUUUUUUCUAAAUUUGAACAUUAUUUAUCCACACUCUAACCAGAUGUUCCCUUAUAUUUAUUUCAUGAAAUGAUUGGGUACAAUGUGUGAAGCCCAUUUCUGGUGUCCCCCGCCGUGAUACUGCUGGAAUAUUGCUAAAAGCGGCGUAAAAUCAAACUCACUCACUCACGAAAUGAUACUCCAGUGCAAUAUUAGCAGCUGUUGUGAUAUGAAACAUGAUUGGCAGUCCCGUGAUGCUGGCCUCGUCUCCACUGUGCAAUGUUAUUCCUCAAUGGGGAUCUUCCUAAUGACCCUUUGAGGUCACUUGUUAUGAAGUCAAAUGUCAAGGUCAUGAGAUGAGGUCAGAUGUGUAAAUUGUUGUAAUAGGCUUAGGAUAUACCCUCUCUAGCAUAGGGUCCUCUUUUAAAAAAAGGGGUUGGUCAAGAUUUAUUCAGGACGUAUUCACGAACAGUAGCUGUUGAUGUAUUCACGAUCCGUGGCAGUUGAUGUAUUCAUGAACCGUGGCUGUUGAUGUAUUCAUUAACCGUCAGCUGGGAAUCUGAAAAAAACUCUUCUUGUCCUUGUUGCACGAUUGCUGCAAUUUACCACCGCACACGAAACAGGCAUAUCGGCAGGUUGAAAAAUAUUCUCCGGCGUGUUUACGUGUCGCGCUUGUUUAGGUUGACAACCAACAUGGCGACCGCGCACUGCAUCAUGGACACUGAAACCCCUCUGUUGAUGUAUUCAUGAACCGUGGCUGUUGAUGUAUUCAUGAACAGUGGCUGUUGAUGUAUUCAUGAACCUUGGCGGUUGAUGUAUGCAUGAACCGUGGCGGUUGAUGUAUUCAUGAACCGUGGCUGUUGAUGUAUUCAUGAACCGUGGCGGUUGACGUAUUCAUGAACCGUGGCGGUUGACGUGUUCAUGAACCGUGGCGGUUGAUGUAUUCAUGAACCCUGCCUGUUGAUGUAUUCAUUAACCGUUGCGGUUGAUGUAUUCAUGAACAGUGGCUGUUGACGUAUUCAUUAACCGUGGCUUUUGACGUAUUCAUUAACCGUUGCGGUUGAUGUAUGCAUGAACCGUGCCUGUUGAUGUAUUCAUUAACCGUUGCGGUUGAUGUAUUCAGGAAUUACAAGUAAACAGCAAUCAUCCAACUGGGGAUGUGUACAUUACUUCCUCAUGACAUUCACUAGAGAAAUGGGACUCCCUGUCUUGAAGACCUACUACACGAAAAUAACCAUCUGGUUUCUAAACCAUUCAUUAUAAGACUGGAACUGCAUGUAACUUGGUUAUUAAGCGAGGUAAAAGUGUUGGUCUUUCUGAUUGAAAGUUGUGCGGUAGUAGGUAUUAUCCAAGAUCACAAGAAUUGUCAUUUAAGUAGGAAUUUUCUUUCAGUGCCUUAUUUCGCUUGUUGGGGGCGUAGUAUCCCUGGUUUUAACGUUUCCUUAAGUACGCACGUUUCCCCAAACUUGAAGUAAUGUUGAAUGUUAUGAUUUUAAAAGAACUGCUUCGGUUAUGCCAGCACUUGAUGCGGAAGCAUCUAUUUGAUGUCUAUGGAAGGGGUGGGAAGAUUUAAUAAAUAGUUUGUUCAGGAAUAUGCCCAAAAUGAAUGGUGUGCUGGCAGUGGUGCAAAUACUGUACAGCUGAAAUGUUUGAAUUUCAGUUUUAGUUUUUAAUAACUGCAUAUUCUUGAAAUCAAAUGAACAAUAAAAUUAUGUAACUGAU